CUGACGCUCAGCUGCGUGGCCGAAGCAUCCUCACAGAACCCGAAAAGACCUCUCCAGGUUGCAGUGUUUAUUUCUCCACGGGACCACGGAAAGGCAUUGAAAUAACUGCGGUUCACCUUCUCGACUCUCAUAUGCGGUCUCCAAACCCUACACGACGGUGCUGCAUCUGUCUUACUAAGUGCCAUGGCUAGAAAGACGGACAUUCCCUCUUCUUACUAUGGUGAACCACGCAAGUUUGAUCCAAACUUCAGAGGCCCGGUUCACAACAGGAGCUGCACUGAUGUUGUUUGCUGCGUUAUCUUCAUCAUUGUCAUCCUCGGCUACAUCGCUCUGGGUACUGUGGCCUGGAUCCACGGCGACCCCAGGAAAGUCGUCUAUCCAACAGACAGCCACGGCCAAUUCUGUGGCCAACAAAACAGCCCUAAUGCAAACAAAGCCAUAUUAUUCUACUUCAACAUGUUGAAAUGUGCCAAUCCUGCAGUUUUAAUUAACCUCCAGUGCCCUACAACCCAGCUCUGUGUCUCCAAGUGCCCUGACAGAUUUUCCACUCUGCUGGAUGCGUGGAAUACCAAAAACUGGGAAUAUUACAAGAAAUACUGCAAGCCGGGCUUCGAGAUUGGCAGCAAGACAAUUGCAGAAGUCAUCCGAGACGAAGACUGCCCGUCUAUGAUCGUGCCAAGCAGACCUUUCCUUCAGCGGUGCUUCCCUGAUUUCAUUACAAGAAAUGGAAUCUUAACCGUAGCCAAUCAGACCAUCUUCACAGACGGUGACAACAACAAGAGAAGUGUCAGCGACCUGAAAGAUGCUGCCAAAACUAUCACCAAUCUGCUGAACGCCAAAGAAGUUGGCAUGAAGAUCUUUGAGGAUUAUGCAAAUUCCUGGGACUGGAUUCUCAUUGGUCUGGUGAUAACCAUGGUGGUUAGUCUGGUCUUCAUCCUGCUGCUGCGCUUCACUGCUGGUGUGCUCCUGUGGCUCAUCGUCUUUGGUGUCAUCACUGCAGUAGCCUUUGGAAUCUGGCACUGCUACUGGGAGUACGCCACCCUGAGCGGGAAGCCGGGUGCUAACGUCACCAUUUCUGAUAUCGGCUUCCACACGGACUUCAGCAUUUACCUUCAGCUCAGCCAAACGUGGCUCAUCUUCAUGAUCUCGCUUUCUGUGAUUGAGGCCAUCAUUGUGGUCAUGCUGAUAUUCCUGAGGACGAGGCUGCGCAUUGCUAUUGCAUUACUGAAGGAGGGGAGCAGGGCCAUCAGCUACAUCAUGUCCACUCUCUUCUAUCCUAUCAUCACUUUUUUCCUUCUGGCCGUCUGCAUCGCAUACUGGGCCGUCAUAGCAGUCUUCUUAGCAUCCUCUGGUAAUGCAGUCUACAAGGUCACACCUGCUGACGAUAAAUGCAUGUACUCCAACAUCACAUGCAAUCCCAAGACCUUCCGUCAGACCAACAUUACCAAAGUGUGUCCUGGGUCCCAGUGCAUGUUUGCCUUCUACGGAGGGGAGAGUGUGUACCACCGCUACAUCUUAGUCCUCCAUCUGUGUAACCUGUUCGCCUUUCUCUGGCUGGUCAACUUCACCAUUGCACUGGGUCAGUGCACACUGGCCGGGGCAUUCGCUUCCUACUACUGGGCCCUGAAGAAGCCAGGCGACAUCCCUGCAUGCCCCCUCUACUCUGCUUUUAGCAGAGCCAUACGUUACCACACAGGUUCUCUUGCCUUUGGUUCUCUAAUCCUCGCUGUGGUGCAAAUGAUCCGAAUUGUCCUUGAGUAUCUGGAUCAAAAACUUAAAGGUUCUCAGAAUGGAUGCGCUCGAUUUCUGCUUUGUUGCCUCAAAUGCUGCUUCUGGUGCCUGGAACAUUUCAUCAAGUUUAUAAACAGAAAUGCAUACAUUAUGAUAGCAAUAUAUGGGAAAAACUUCUGCACCUCUUCCAAGGAUGCUUUCUUCCUCUUGAUGAGGAACGUUAUUCGGGUGGCUGUCUUGGACAAGGUGACUGACUUUCUGCUCUUCCUGGGGAAACUGCUUAUUUCAGGAAGUGUUGGCGUUCUUGCAUUUUUCUUCUUCACUCGUAAAAUACCGGUCAUUCAAGAGGAGGUGCCGUCCCUAAAUUACUACUGGGUGCCACUCCUGACGGUGAUAUUUGGAUCGUACAUGAUUGCACAUGGCUUUUUUAACGUCUAUGCCAUGUGUGUGGACACAUUGUUCUUGUGCUUUUUGUGGGACCUGGAGGUGAACGACGGCUCUCCUGAGAAGCCCUUCUACAUGAACAGGAACUUGAGGAGCAUCCUCGACAAGCGGAACAUCCAGAGGCCGAGCCGGAGAUAGAGAAGAGACGAGAGCUGGGAGAAUAAGAAGACUGACAAGCUUUUACCAAAGCAUGGUACAUGCCAUUACGGCAAUAAGCAUUUUACCAAAUAUAAAUUCAGUGUAUGCAAGUUAUACACUAUAAUGGAAAACUCUUGAUAAGUAACAAUAAUAAUUAGAUUUGCCAACAUUUUUAAAAGGUAUGGACUUGAUAGGGAAUGUAAGGCUCCAGAACUCAGUCUGCCAAGAAGGUUUUAAUAAUGGAUGGUGUGCAAUGCAAAGUCGCACCUGCUUUAUGUAAUUGUCUUUUUUAUGUUACAACAAUGGCUCACAAGUUUUUAUUUAUUCUAAUUUUAUUUAUUUUGCUUUUUAUAUCAUUUUUUUACAGCCUCAGUCAAACAAAACACAGAGUUCCUUUAGGAACAAGGGAUUUAUUUCUUUCCUUCUUGAGACUAGUUAACAUCUGCUCGUUUUGUUCUUAACCUUGUAGUUGCCAGUUUUCACCACUUGGUUGUGCCAUCCCAUCGUCUGUGUACUGUUGUUGAGGCAUGAAUGUGCUGCUGAUUGAGCUGAGUUUGCCCAUGAAAUGGUCAGACGUGAUCUCCUUUACAGAUAACUGAUCACAGUUUUUGACCUCAAAUUGUCUCACAUUGAGAAACAGAACUGCCUUUCAGUGCCCCAUGUUUUAGAAUGUAACUGUCGAGUACAUGAAAGUAAAGCCUCCCACAGUGCUUCACUCUCUCAGGGCCCUUCUCUCAGAACUGCCACAUUAAGUGAAUAAUUGCAUCUUGCAGCUACCGUUUACAUUUUAAGAUGCUUCUCUGCAGAUGUUUUCAAAGAACUUGAAAGAAUUAUGGUCAGCGGCCAGUUUUCUGGUGAUGCAACAAAUCCAAUGAAACAGUGAAUGUAACCAUUACUAAGUGUGUAAUGCACUGAUUGGCAGCUCUAUUAGUGAUCCCCAAAAAGAAACAUGAUAAAUAUAUAAUACUGUUAUAGUUAGACAUGAAAUCUUUCUCUCUCUUUUUAAAAUUCACAUAGAAGCUAUGAAGCUAGUUUGAAAAAGUGUUAAAUGUGUCACUUUUGUUCGAAAACAGGGCUGGUCCCAAACCGUGUUACUGAGUAAUCAAGUCAUCAGUCAUACAGAACUGUCCUUUGUUAAAGAGAUUGAUUUGUUAAUAUAUUAUUUGCAUUGGUUUUCUCCUUUAGUUGACGCACAUGAGGGGGAAAAGAAUAGAUGCUUUUGAAAAGCAGCCAAUAUCAUGUGAGGUUGUUUGAGCCGGUGAUCUGUAAGAUGCUGUUGUGUCCAUCUUCAGUUGAAUUGAUUGAGUUUGGGUGUCACCAAGUGGUUUUACAUAACAGAUCCUUCUGUGUCACUGGAAUCAAAAUAGUGCUGAGGUCUUCUUUUUCUAGAAUAGAUUCAUGCAUCACUAGGAAUGAUGCUCACUUUGAGAUCAGUGAGAUGUGACUCACUCUUUUGAGUCUCUGUUUGUGGAAACUAAGAAGCUGCCCUCAUGGUGCCUCGGAGUGACAGCACUGCCAGCCUCACACACCUUUUGCCCCUGUCUGAGCUCAACAUGCUGGGACAUGUAACCAUUCAAUUUGAGCAAAACAAAUCUGCUUUUCUGUGAGAAAGCAGAGGAAUGAUGCAAGUAGUGCUCAUGUGGCAUAUUGUCAUUCAUGUUUUGAUACUGAAAAAUGACUAUACCUAUAAAUUUCUAUCUGUGUGCACACAGUUCAGGUUCAGUUUCAUGAGGGUGAAUACCUAAGAUCUGAUAAGUGCAGUAAAAAGUGUGGUUUUAUACGCCUCCCCAACCCUCCCAUGUGUAGAUUCUUUUGGUCAACCACAGUCAACAAGUAGACACAAGUAAACAUUCUCUCUGUGCGUCACUUUUCUAACCACAACCUCCUAAAAGUCAAACUGAAGAUGUAGUGCUCUAACCUGUCCAUAAAUCCCUUAGUGUUUUUGUCAUAUUUGUGUAGAAAGCUGAACAUUUAUAUCUCCCAGAAAUAUAUUUAUUUAUACAGUGAGAUAAAGAAUAUAUAACCUGUGUGUAUGUUCAUCAUUAAAAUAUACAUGUGUUUUAUUACCUCUAUUUUUGAUCAAUAAAUGGAUUUUCUAUGA